AUUUAAAAGCCUGUAACGUUACUAAUAGGCAGACGGUAAUAACAAGUCUACUCAUAUGGCGUCUACACACUUGCACCUUUCUUUUUCUUUUCUUAAAACCUCAAGAGCCGGCUCCCAUACAUUUUUGGAUCGAUAUGCGUACCAUUUAGCUAAGUAUCAAGGUGCCUUUAUCACGUUCCUCGUCUAAGCAGACUGUAGUAUAAAUUUGUCUUUUUGUACGUUGCGUUUUAUAAAGACAUAAUCCUUUAAAGCUUAUCCCAAUGAGUACAAAGGUAUUUAUUUGCCUUACAUUUAAAAGCAUUGGAUAGUUUUUUACGAAACUCAUCAAAAUUGUCAAUGGAAACAAACGCGCAGCGUUUGAUAACUUAAUUUAAUUUUAAGUUCUCCUAUAAAAAUAUGAAAUUUAUCAACGUAAGAGAACAUUAGCAAUUUUUUAUAAGAAAGAAUUUCUCUUUCACUGGCACAAUAAAUUUUACCGGUCUUUUGCUGUUAAGUUAACAUAAACGUUGGUUCGCAACAGUGCUAAACUAAUAUUAACUGUACUCCCCUGACCUACAUAUCGAUAGUUUCACAUAAAACUAAGAAAGCACUUUAAGAGAAAAACUGCAUUUCUGUUGGCUUUUAGAGGUUCUAACGACGAACGAAAAGAGAGUUUCCUUAUGUUAAAAUAUGAAAUCAUUGCACGCAUAAGGUUACCAUAGAAAUGUUAGCACAUGAUGUGUUAAAAAGAAAAGGAAAAUAAGAGCAAUUGUAUAAUAGUCAAACAGCAUCCAAACAGAAAUACUGUCUCCAGCAUUCCGAGCAGUAUGUUUUGAAACGUACAAGAAUACGCGCCGUGUCUGAGCGCAGUUUAACUUUUACUGUUUACGGUUAUUAUAAAAUAUGAUACCAAAGAGCACAACUGCCUGUAAAAUGCUUGCAAUUACAAUACGAAUAAAUGCUCAAGAUAUGGUAGCGGCAAUAAAAAAAUGUAACAAAUAAAACUGCAAAGUAAAUGCUAAAAAAGAAAAACAAAAAGCGCUGAAUGGAAUUAAAGUUGAACAUUAAUAUUAAAUCGAUACGUUGGUGCUUGUACAUACAUAUGCAAAGGCAUGUCUGACUGGAUUAAUGUAAUCAACAAAAAGGAAUUUUUUUCACUUGCCGGGAAUGAUAAGCUAAUUAGUGAAGUUUUAUGUGCAAAAAAAAAAAAAAAUUGAUAAAUUAAAAAUUAAAAAAAAAAUUAAAUGAGCAAAAUGUCAUUAAUGUACAUAAUGCAUGUUAUAAAGUUGAUGGAUAACAAAAUAACAAAUAAUAAAAUCAGAAAACGUUACAAAAAAUGGGAAACUGAAAGCGGACUGCGUCAUAAUGUAAUUAAUAAUUAAUGACAUGUAACGCAAUUAAUAAUUAUGUCGGAUCAAACAAAUAACUAAAGCUCUUUAAAAAAUAUGCCGAACAAGCUUAAUAAAAAAGAAGUAGAAAACUUUUACUUGCUUCAGGGUGAAGUUUCAUCACUUACCGCGAAAACAAAGUAAAUAAUAGCUAAAAUGCAACAAAGAGCAACAAAGUUUACAUAUUACAAAAAAUAUUGCAAAUAAAACUUCACAGUAAUAUAAUUAAAAUGAAAUGUCAACAAUUAAAAGAAAGAAAGCAGUCUUAAGGCAGAUGCGAUUCAAGUUUCGAAAACAAUAUCAAAUAACUUUUCUUUUAAAAAUCUAAUGAUGAAGUUUAUAACUAAGUAAAAAAAUAUAGUAAAACUUUUCAUUAAAGGAAAAUCAAGAAAGAACCGAAAAAUUGUAAACAAAAUAUUGGACUAUGUUAAAUACAUUUGCCUGCAUACCAAUAAAACUCAAACAAUUCAAUUAUCAUUACUUGCAACGAAGCCCGUCUUGUAAUCAUCAGACUCGAAUAAGUUGACAGUUGACCAAAGUUAGCAACUUCAGAAGAAUAAUAAUAUCAACUGCAAUCAAAUUUAAUAUAUAUAUUUCUUUUUCUUGAAUAUGUUUAACAACAAGCAAUAAGUUUUCAAGUCACGUCAACGCUUCAUAGUGUAACCCAAAAAAAAAAAAAUAAUUGUUUGCAUUUUUUAAGGCUCCCGAUAUUAUAUAAAACGAAUUUGCGCAACCAGAGAAACAGUGAAAAGGAAAAGGAGAAGAAGAAGAAGAAGGAAAAGAAAAAAAGAAGAAAAAAUAAAUUCGAAAAGUGCUUAAUGCUGCUGCACUUAAAACAUUUGCAUUCGCUACACAUCCUGUUCUAAGGCUUACCCCUGUUUUGUGCAUUUUUCAGUAGGCAUUUCUCACUAAAAGCUGUUUCAUGUGCUGUUGUACGUUUUUCGUUUUCCUUCUACUUAACUCAUUACUCCUCUCAGUAGUGCCGCAACGAAACCACCGACAAACAUCGCUUCAAAUACAACCAGAAGAAAAACCGCAACAGCGACCGAAAUUAACGAAAAAACAAUUAAAUUCAUGGUUUAACAUUAACAACAUUGUUGCCGUUGCCGUUAUCGUAGUCGUUGCGCGAGUUGCAGGUGUUGUAGUUAUGGUGGAUCCAUUAAAAAUUUUUUGGGUUUUGACAAACAGCACCUAUUUAGUUACAAAAUUUGUACGCAUUGGUAUAGCCGAUAAAAAUGAUACACCGCCUUAUUUCGAUAAAUUUCUAUACGAGACUGAAAUUGAUGAAAGCGCUGACCUACAGACGACAGUACUCACAAUUAAUGCCAAAAACCACAAUGAGACUACAAGUAUUCGAUACGCGAUUACAGGCGGUAACGUAGGCAACGCUUUUGGUGUUCACAACACAACCGGCACAAUCUAUGUAGCAAGUCCUUUAGAUUAUGAAACCAGACCAAGAUACGAGUUACGCUUAGAAGCGUCACGUAAUCGUAGAACAAACUACACCACCGUUAUCGUGAACGUACGGGAUGUUAAUGACAAUCCACCGCAAUUCGAUCGUCAAACAUAUCGUACACAAAUUACCGAAGAAGAUGAUCGUAAUUUACCGAAACGUAUAUUACAGGUGACCGCCACCGAUGGCGAUGUAGAUAGACCUAUAAAUAUUGUAUAUUUUCUCACCGGUCAGGGUAUUGAUCCUGAUAAUCCAGAUAACAGUAAAUUUGAUAUAAAUCGAACAACAGGUGAUAUUUUUGUAUUAAAGCCGCUCGAUCGUGAUCAGCCGAAUGGUCGAUCGCAGUGGCGUUUUACAGUGUUUGCCCAGGAUGAAGGCGGUGAAGGUCUUGUUGGCUAUGCAGAUAUACAAGUCAAUCUAAAAGAUAUCAACGACAAUAGCCCACUAUUCCCACAGGGCAUCUAUUACGGUAACAUUACUGAAAAUGGUACCGCCGGUAUGACUGUAAUGACUAUGUCAGCCGUGGACUAUGACGAUCCGAAUGAGGGUACCCAUGCGAAGCUAGUCUACUCGAUAGAAAAGAAUGUUAUUGAAGAGGAGACAGGAGCGCCUAUAUUUGAAAUUGAGCCUGCUACGGGCACAAUAAAAACAUCGGUAUGUUGUCUGGAUCGUGAAAGAACACCUGAUUAUUCAAUACAAGUAGUAGCAAUGGAUGGUGGGGGAUUGAAGGGUACCGGUACAGCUUCCAUAAAAGUAAAGGAUCUAAAUGAUAUGCCUCCGCAAUUCACUAAAGACGAAUGGCUAACAGAGGUAGAUGAAACCAAUGGUACUUUUUUACCUGAGACACCUAUACUAACUGUCACUGUACAAGAUGAAGAUGAAACGAAUAGUUUUCAGUACAAAGUGGUACCAAAUAGUGGUUUUGGUGCUGAAAAAUUUGCGAUGGUACGCAACGCUGACGGCACUGGAUCUUUGAAAAUCAUACAACCCCUCGAUUACGAAGAUCCCCUGCAAAGCAGUGGUUUUCGCUUUCGCAUCCAGGUGAAUGACAAUGGUAAUGAUAGCCGAAGUGAUAAGUAUCAUGUGGCCUAUUCUUGGGUGGUUGUAAAAUUACGGGACAUUAACGACAAUAGUCCGCGCUUUGAACGAGAACACAUAGAAGUUGCGAUUUAUGAGGAUACGAAACUUGGUACCAUAUUAGAGCAAUUCAAAGCUUCAGAUGCCGAUCAGGCGGGAAAAAGUAAAGUUACUUACAAGCUAGUGCGUUCCUCUAAUCGUAAACGUCAAUUCGCUAUUAGUGAUCAAGGAGCUGUAAGCGUGCAGCGUUCUUUGGAUCGGGAAACACAAGAGAGACAUCAAUUGCAAAUAUUAGCAAUAGAUGAUGGCAGUAUACCGCGUACUGCCACCGCUACCCUAACGGUAAUUGUAAAGGAUGUCAAUGAUAAUGCUCCUCAAUUAAAAGAAGACUAUCGUCCAGUAUUAACGGAAAAUCUUAGCCCGCGUAAAAUAAUCGAAGUAGCCGCCAAAGACGCCGACGAUCGAGCUCGGGGGAAUGGUGGUCCUUUCAGUUUCCGUUUAGAUCCAUUAGCCAGUGAUGCAAUAAGAUCGAGUUUUAAAAUUGAAUAUGACAGAAGAGGUGACGGCAGUAAUGGUGUGGCCAUAAUCUCUUCUUUACGUCCAUUCGACCGUGAACAACAGAAAUCAUACUACAUACCCAUCGAAAUUAAAGACAACGGCGUGCCGGCUAUGGUCGGCACCAGUACGGUAACUGUUGUUAUUGGUGACGUCAACGAUAAUAAAAUGUUUCCAGGAAGUAAGGAAGUACUUGUGUAUAAUUAUCAAGGGCAAUCGCAGGACACUCCAAUUGGUCGUGUGUACGUGCAUGAUUUGGAUGAUUGGGAUGUGCCCGACAAAAAAUACUAUUGGGAAGCACAGGAACAACAACGUUUUAAAUUAGACACUGACACCGGUAUUGUCACCAUGAGGGCAGGUACUCGCCGGGGGCGUUAUAAUCUUCGCUUCAAAGUUUACGAUCGAGAGCAGGGGCAAGUAGACGUGCCAGCGAAUAUGACGGUUGUUGUGCGGGAUAUUACUCAAGAGGCAGUACAACAAGCGGGGUCUAUGCGCCUGCAGGGCAUUACGGAUGAAGAAUUUGUACGUACCUGGGACUAUCGAUUACAAAAACAGGUUCGCUCUAAGUUAGAACGUUUUCGCGAUAAAUUGGCCGAACUUUUAUACAUCGAACGUGACAAUGUAGACGUGUUUAGUGUGCAACUGAAGUCGAGAGCGACAACGGAUGUUCAUUUUGCUGCACGUUCAGCCCAUCAACAACCUUAUUUUAAAGCGGUGCGUUUAAAUGGCGUAGUGCUGAUGCAGCGUGAGGAAAUUGAACGCGAAGUAGAUCUCAAUGUCACAAUGGUGGGCAUUGAUGAGUGCUUACAAGAGGAAAAGCAUUGUAUAGGCUCUUGUUCGAGCCGAACAGAAAUUAAUCGACAACCGUACACUGUAAAUGCGAAUAAAACUGCUUUAGUUGGCGUGCGACUGGAUUUGAGUGCAGUCUGUACAUGUAAAGCACGUAAUUUUAGUAGCGAAAAUUCCUGCCGCACAAUAUAUUGUUUUAAUGGAGGCCGUUGUGUUGAGACACGCAAUGGUCCCAAAUGUGUAGCUUGUCCUAUUGGUUAUAACGGUCCUCGCUGCCAACAGAGUACGCGUAGUUUUCGCGGGAAUGGUUGGGCCUGGUAUCCUCCUCUACAGCUAUGCGAAGAAUCCCAUCUAAGUUUGGAGUUUAUAACGAAAGAAGCAGACGGAUUAAUUAUGUAUAAUGGACCAAUAGUGCCGCCUAAAAUUGAAGAAACCGUUAUAACAGAUUUCAUAGCCAUCGAGUUGGAGCAAGGUUACCCACGCUUGUUGUUAGACUUCGGUUCCGGGACUUUAGAACUGAGAGUCAAAACGAAGAAAACUUUAGGGGACGGUGUUUGGCAUAGGUUGGAUAUUUUCUGGGAUAGCGAAACCGUACGAUUGGUUGUGGAUUUUUGUCGUUCUGCAGACAUAUAUGAAAUGGAAGAUGGCACACUAUCUGAAUUCGACGACAGUUCUUGCCAAUCUGGUGGAGUUAUACCACCUUUUAAUGAGGCCUUAAACUUAAACACACCUCUACAAUUGGGUGGCUUGUAUCGUCAACAUUUCGAUCAAACGCUAUUUCGUUGGCAAUACGCGUUUUCUUCCAAAGGAUUUGAUGGUUGCAUACGCAACGUCGUGCACAACUCGGAGCACUAUGAUUUGGCUUUUCCGGCAAUGGCCCGCAAUAGUUAUCCCGGUUGCCCACAAACCGAUGAGCUGUGCAUGAAAACCGAGCAUACCUCACGCUGCUGGGAACAUGGCAACUGUGUUGCCAGUCUAGUGCAAGCGAAAUGUCACUGCCAACCCGGUUGGACGGGACCUACAUGUAAUAUACCCACCAUACCCACCACUUUUAAACCACAAAGUUAUGUAAAAUUUGCUUUAAGUUUUGAACCGGAUCGUUUUGCUACCCAGUUGCAAUUACGAUUUCGCACUCGUGAAUUACAAGGUGAAAUUUUUCGAGUCAGUGAUCAACAUCAGCGUGAAUAUGCCAUACUGGAAUUGCAACAGGGUUAUUUACAUCUUCGUUUCAAUUUAAAUUCGCUGCGAGCUGAAGAACAGCACUUAAUACUAAGCGCAAUUUCUGUUAAUGAUGGCCAAUGGCAUGUAGUGAGAGUUAGUCGUUACGGUUCUGCUGCUGUCAUUGAAUUGGACGGCGGCGAGGGUAGGCGCUAUAAUGAAACUUUUCGCUACAUUGGACAUCAGUGGUUAUCAGUUGAUAAACAAGAAGGCGUUUAUGCAGGUGGCAAAGCGGAAUACACCGGUGUAAAGACUUUCGAAGUCUUAGGUGAUUUCCAGCGCAGUUGUCUAGAUGAUAUUAGAUUGGAUGGCAAGCAUUUACCUCUACCACCCUCUAUGAAUGGUACGCAAUGGGGCCAGGCAACGAUGGCCCGCAAUUUAGAACGCAAUUGCCCUUCGAAUCGUCCCUGUUCGAAUAUCAUAUGUCCGGAUCCAUUUGAUUGUGUAGACUUAUGGAACGAAUAUGAAUGCACUUGCAGUGAAGGUCGCGUCAUGUCAUCCGAUACCAAGGGUUGUGUGGAUCGCAAUGAAUGUCUGGAUUUGCCCUGUCUAAACGGCGCCACAUGUAUAAAUCUUGAGCCUCGUUUACGUUAUCGCUGCAUAUGUCCUGAAGGUUAUUGGGGCGAAAACUGUGAACUUGUGCAAGAAGGGCAAAGAUUAAAGCUAAGCAUGGGAGCGUUGGGUGCCAUAUUUGUGUGUCUUAUUAUCAUACUGAUCAUUGCUCUCAUAUUUGUGCUGUAUAAUCGUAAACGUAAAACCAUUAAAAAGAAACGUAAUGGGCCGGAGAAGGAUGUACGUGAAACGGUAAUUAGUUACGAUGACGAGGGUGGAGGUGAAGAUGAUAUGACUGCGUUUGAUAUAACGCCCUUACAAAUACCCAUUGGACAGGGUGGCGUGGGCAACAACAUGCCACCGGACAUAGCGGCCUGUAAAGUACCGAUUAUAUAUCCUGUUGUUACGUUAUUGCCGGGACAAGAAUUAAAUGUUGGUUACUUAAUGGAAGAACGUAAGAAACGCAUUGAUAAGGACGCGAACGCACCGCCAUUUGACGAUUUAAGAAAUUUUACUUACGAAGGAAGCGGCAGUAUAGCGGAAUCGCUAAGUUCAUUGGCUUCAGGUACUGACGACGAGAAUCAAGACUUUAAUUACUUACAAAAGUGGGGUCCCCGUUUCGAUGCUUUGGCAACGUUAUAUAUGCAGGAAAAGAGUAAAACAACAAAACCAACAAACGACGAUAAACCAAACGAAACCAGUGUAUCAUAAAAUUAGCCUAACGACAUGACUUCUUUACGUGAAAGCAGGAAAGUGAAGUAUAUCAGUGUGGUAAAGGGAGAGAAAGGUUUACAUUGCAAUU